ACGAGCAUAUUCGCCAAUAAUUCCGUUCUGAGAUACAUUUCGGCUCAGUCAAUGGUCGACGAAAUUUGCGAUGGUGCAUUGCAAGCGAGAGACGAAGAUGAGAAAUUCGGAUUGGAGAAAACGCAGGAAUUCAGGUUUUGCAUCGAAUGUCGCGCACAAGUGCACGGAAAGAAAAGUGACAUGGAAUCCAUCGGACAAAUAUUUCGGUUUGAUGCCCCGAGAAUUCCUUGGGGAGGAAUUUUUGCGCUGUUUUUCAAUCAUCUCAUGGAGCGAGCUUGGCUGACUUACUGAUAGCGAUGCUUUGUCUGUUCACUGGCCGAUGCACGAGACACGGAAGAAGACUCAUCCCGCUGUGCCCUACACCGACACAUGGGAAAGGCUGAAAUUGUUUCACCAUGGAUGCUCAUGACAAUUGUACUGAAAAACCGAAGUAUCGCGACGGUCCUGAGGAGGAAAACAUGGGCGACACUUGUCUCCCACUUUGUGGCUAAAAGGCCAAAGUCGGAAGCCGCGUUCACCUGAACCCUUCGUGCGCAUUGCCCCGUCUUUAUUAGGUUAGGCAUUCGCCGGCUUCUAAAUCGAAACGAUACGUAAACACGUCAAUGGUUGAUGUGGAACAUGAGAAACUAUACGAGAUAAUGGAGUUACCAUCAGGACACGACUGGCAAGUUCUCUUGCAGUAUCAGAUGCAUUGCAAAAGUCUCUCAAUAUGCAUCCUAACAAGAUGGAUGCAUGUCAAGAGAUCUUUCACUUGCAUCUGGCGAUAGCAUUAUGCAUAUACCGAUUUUAGUCUCGAUUUUAGGUUCGAAAGAUGGAAAAAGAGAUAUACUGGAUAGACUUCACAAUAUGGACCUACUUCGCCGUCCAGAAUAGGUCUUGCUGUGUUAAUAACUCUUGCACCAUAUAUGAAAGUUAAACCCUGUGAAACAGAGUCGAUGGAUUUGGAUGCUGGAGAUAAGCGCUUGGUAUUUUGCUCUGAGAGAUCAAGUGCUCGACGUGAUAUUGCAACCAUUUACAAUUACGCAUUGCACACUGAUAUGAGCAAACGAAACGAGGCACGACAUUAACAAAUGAGCUG